AAAAUAAAUAAUGAAUAAUGAAUAAAUAAUUUGUUCUUCGAAAUGCGGAAAAAUCCAGCAUCCGUCUCUACCUCUACCCGCAGCUUUCUUUUGAUAUUUCCUCAUUAUUAUCCUUCAAAUUAUCUUCCUCUUUAUCCCUCAAUUUCUUCGAUCGAGUUUUUCCUUUCUCAGCUGUAAGCUUUGAUGUGCAAGACUUGAAGAAGGAGCUUCCUUCCAUGGCGGCAACUCAAUCUGCUCCUCCUUCUUCCGAUGACGACAACUCCCACAAUUCUGCUUCAGCUCCUGCACGAGCUACGGUUGAGGAUCAUGGGGAUGCGAAGGUGGAGGUUGAGAAGCAAACCUCUCCACCAUCGGUGUUUGUGAACACUGAACCUAUGAGAGAGGAUCAAGUGCAAAAUGCUGUGAAAUUUCUUCAACAUCCUAGAGUAAGAGGCUCUCCUGUUGUGUAUAGACGAUCGUUUUUAGAAAGAAAGGGUCUUACGAAGGAAGAGAUUGAUGAGGCAUUCAGGCGUGUGCCCGACCCUCCUAAUGCUCAGACUACUACUGCGACUGCGAGUCAAGAUGGACAAGUGAACACAGUUCAGCCACAGCCCUCUACGCAAUCUCUUCAACCAGUUGCUGCGGUCUCUCCUCCUGCUGGUGGUGAAUCUCGUGUGGGUACUAUCGCACGGUCGAGAUUCCAUUGGUCACACGCCAUCCUUGCAAUAGGAAUAUUGGCUGUUUCAGGGGCUGGAACAGUUGUAUUAAUCAAGAAUUCUAUUAUUCCUCGGUUGAAAUCUUGGGUGCGUAAAGUUGUAUUAGAAGAUGAUGACGUUGAGAAGAAAAUUGAUUCAAAACCAAGUGCAGCUGAGGAAGCUGCGGCUGCUGCCAAAGCAGCAGCAGCAGCAGCAUCUGAUGUGGCAAAGGCGAGUCAAGAGAUGAUGUUUUCAAAAAAUGAAGAGAAAAAAAAGUUUGAGGACUGUGUCGACUUGUUGGCUGCUCAGCUUGGACAGAUGAAGUUGAUGCUGAAUGCCAUUCAGAAAUUGGAAGCAACCACGUAUGGAAGAACAUCUACUGUUGAUCAAGAAGAUUAUCGAAUAACUCCCAUGAGUUCAAAGCAACCAUAUUCCAAUGGCAAGGUGGACCCUAGCUUGCAGCCAGCUACAUUUGCCACACCUGCCGAACCCUCAGUAGCACCACAUCCCAAGUCUUACAUGGAGAUCAUGGCCAUGAUCCAGAGAGGAGAAAAGCCAUCUAAUAUUCGAGACAUAGAUGAUUUACCUCCCAACCCGAAUCAGCCACCAACAAAUCCUCGCCUAGCACCUAGAGCCAAGCCUUGGGAGGUUGGUACGCAAAACAAUCCUGGCUUUUUCCCUCAGUCUCAAGAAGAUACCAGUUUGAAUUCCUUGGUACAAAACAAUGGUGUGACUUAUGAAAACGAUAACGGUUCAGUGCCUUGGUGGCAGAAAAGAAAUGUUAAUACUACAGAGAUUGAUAAUAAUGAGUUGAAGGCAGGCUCUUCCAAUGGUCUCUCUGCUGAGAAACCCGUUCAACGUGCAUGGGUUCCUCCUCAGCCACCUCCUGUUGCAUUGCCAGAAGCAGCUGAAGCCAUCCGAAGGCCAAAACCAACUAUUCAGAAAGAGCAGUUUACUGAUGAACAGUUAGCAACAACACCAAAUGUAACCGAUGAGUUGCAGAAGGCCACAAAAAUUUCUGAAUCUGGGGGAGCAAUCAAUUAUGAGAACUCGGGAUUGAGCUCUAGUGAGAUACAAGUGGAAGAUAAUGGUACUCGAGGGCAAUGAGAUGGCACUGAAGUAUUAUAAACACCACGUCUUAUCUGGAGGUAUAGUUUCAAAACUUUUUCUUUCUAAAUUCAUAGAAAUAGAUGUUUGAACGCUAUCUGAUUUCCUGAAAAGUUUUUGUGUAUUUUAUUGAAUAUGCUGAACAAAUACUGGUCUUAUUUUCCCUUUAUAGAAUAAAGCUAUUACACAACGUAUUUGAUAGUACAUUGUUUUUCUUUUCAA